CUGUCAUUGAAACUUUGGUACCUACGUACGGUACCUACCUAGCUGCGGCACGAUAUGAUCCCAUGUUAUGCUGCUGCCGCCCCCCACAUUUACCACGCACGCUGCCUGCACACUCCUGACACUUGAAUGUCAAUUUUAAAUUAACCACGCAAAGCCACUCUCGCAGAGUUUAUUUCUUUCUUUUAUUUCCUCUAGCUUUUCACCCCUUUCUCUUCACCUUGAAAGGUCAAGCAGUCCAGGCGAGGCCCGCGGCAUGCUGCCCCGAUAAGAAUUCCGAAUCCGGCAAUUGGCCGAUUCCUUCUCCAUUUCAUUUGAUUCAUCCAACCCUGCAUACAGUACAGUCGAGGGCCUUCCGUCGCUCCCGGAGUGGGUGCACGCCGCCAGGAGUGGAUCAAGGCUUCCGGUGCCGUGCGGGUCGAAACUCGUUACUAGAGCUACAGUAGGUUAAUGCACCUCACCAAGUAGGUAGGCAAAGCAAAGCUGUUCGUCAGUUGCAGACAGUACCUUGCGUAUGGAUUGUCUUCUCUGGUAGGCUAAGCGGCCUAGACCCUGACGGUUCAAAGGCCGAGAUCUUUUCUUUUUUUGCUUUGAAUUGCGAAGACAAUCCAUUUGUUUGAUCCAUAUCACCGUGGAGAAUAUUCUCCCCCCUACUCAAUUAUUCAUCAAUUACUAUUCUUUCCACUCAUUUGUACUUUUGGGUGUUCAUUUCCCACACCUCAGGGGCGUGCUCCAAGAAGUCGUUGAAAGACAGCCCUGUCGAAAACGGUAGUGGGGGUUUUGAAGGGCCCAGCCGCGUUAAUCCAGGGAAGCUCUUUUUUUCUAUCUCUGGAUGCUUAUAUUCGUCAUAACCUGGCUUUGCCUGCCUGUUCUGCCUAUGCUGCCUAUUGCCGUCUUGCUUGGUGUUGUAAGCGACUAGGUCAUUUUCAUAUAUGACUUUUUUUUCUUCUUUUUUUUUCCUUUUUCUCUUCAUACAUAGAAGCUCACACUCGGAAAAAUGACCAGAGAAGAAACAAAGAUGCCGGCCGUGGCAAGAAACGAGAAGAGUCGGAAUAAGUCACUACUGGGCCUCGACGGCGUCUUUCGGCUUGACCCGACGACUUUAAGGUGUCAAAAAGACGCGACUCGCCAGCUUGAUUUGAGCUCCGUACCAGUACAACAGCCGACGACCCGAUAUAGCUCCGAGAUGACCAGCCAGGGCUCUUCCCUUCAAACGCUGAAAUUUGUUCCGCCUGGAGGCCAUCGGGCGUGCGCAAACUGCUCCAUCGCAAAAUCCAAGUGUAUCACACCCGAUGGCGCCACCAAGUGUGAACGCUGCCAAAGAAUGAACAAGGAGUGCUUUGCCAAGUCAAAAUCAACAAGAAAAAAGAAGCAAUCCGCAGACUUAUUAAGCCCCCUGGAUGGAGGCCCAGGACCAGUCAGGAAGCCGCGUUCAAGGCAGCCUUCUGCCUCACCAUCCAACACGUCCCGUCGCCGUGAUGAAACUCACUCAUCAAGACGCCCUAGCGUUGGCGUCAGCACAGCGAGCCAUGCUGAAAGGCAAGUGAGUGAUAUGUCGACGCCACCGUCGCCAACAUCCCAACAACCGUUGAACGAACCAGUUUCGCGCCAGCCUCAGCACAAGGAACCUGCAUCGGCGUCUGGUGUCAUAGAUGCAUUCUUUGAACAAAAUCCGAGCGUGGCGGCAGACGCCGACAACCUCGUGGUGUUCUACAGGAGGUAUCAGGAACAGCACUGUCCCAUGCUAGUGGGACAUACAGAGGCUGCGAGCCUUCGUCGAGAGAACGAUGUGCUUUUCAUGGCUAUUCUCAUGGCAGGAAGCUUCCACGACCACUCGCAGCAGGAGCGUAUUGCAAGCUGCUGCGUUGAUUUGAUCAUGGAGAACAUCCAACAACAGGAGAAGAGGAAUUUUAAGCUACUAGAGGGGAUUAAUUGCUUUCUGGCUUGGUCCCAUGGAAUGAAACACAACGGCUCCCUGCUCACAAACGUGCUCCGAUCGACGGUGACCCUGGCGGCGGAGGUUCAACAUGGCUUGACACCUCCGAUUGCUCAAAUCGACCCUGCCAUGACUAGGGACGAACGAGGAGCCGUAAUAAUGAUAGAGGAGCGUACAUGGGAGAGCUAUGUCGAAGAAUGCCGGGGCUUGGCACGCUGCUACUUCAUUGUUAGUGUCAUCGGCCAGCUGACGAGGCCUUGCGCGAUAAUGACCCAGAAAAUGCAAUGGUCCCAGCAGCUAGAACAGGCUUGCACCGUACUUGAGGGUCAAGAAGCAGACGCAGACGCGUGUCUUGUUGCCGCCCUGGCCAGACUUGUGCACGUUGCCGAGAAGAUGACCGCGCCGUGCGGUGGUCUUGAACAAGGUUCGAGUAACCAGACAUUUAUUGAUGCCGACAAUGCGGAGAUGCUGUUCGGCGAUUUCAUCAGCCGUUUGCCCCAGGCAUUGCAGUGUUCAAACUUCUUCAGAUUACACCUACACACCGUCGAAAUAUUGAUUCACAAGUUGAGCAUCCCUAAUAACACAACUCCCAGCAGACCAGUCUUAAUAUCCAAGACAAGGUCGCAGCCAGAACUUCAGCUACGGUGUAUCCAGGCAGUUUCGGCUUUUAGCGACAUCUUCUAUUCCAUAGCACCGGCAUUCUAUGUGUGCCUUCCCUCUACAAUAUGGACACAGUUGCACCAAAUCAGCUGCGCGGUAUCCACCAUCGCUGGUGCACCACAGUUGGGAUGGUCCGCGGAAUUUCUACCCGCCACGGUCUUGCCAGAACACCAUCGACAGCGGCUGGUGGCCAACUUCGAGCAAGCCAGCGUCGUGCUGUCGACCAUGAGGCCGGAAGUGAGAACCAAUGGCACUCUGUUCGACGCCUGGGCUGCCGAUUCGAGGUCGCAGUCGUCCACGUCCAGCUUCGGGUGGUGCAUGUACGACCGCCUACUCGCAGCCCUGGCUGAGAAUGACAACACGUCUCUGGGGUUUGCGAUGGGUAUGAUGAGGCAACAGCUGCCGAUGCCUAACUCGCCUCAGACGCCACAAGUCCCACAGCCCAUCACGACCCCAUCAAACAUCCAGCAAACACAACACCAACUGCACAGUCAGGGGUUCGAUGAGCUAGCCGUUCAACACGACCCGGGAAUCUGGUCUGGCGUAACUGCGGGCGAUUGGAACCCAUGGCUCGACGACGCGUCGUCUGCCGCCUUCCUCGAUGUCUCGGCGCAGAACUUUGACCGGGGCCAACGGCUCCAGAAUCCCCGUACGACGCCCGAGGAACAACCGGGUGAGGCUUCAUAUUUGCUCUGGGAAGGUGUCGAGCAGUGGUGGCCGCAGCCGACGGGUCCACCCUGAGAGCUGAUCCUCAAUCCUCCUCUUAGAGCGGAAUACGUUGUUACCAAGAUAAGUGGCCUUCUUGGCCUUAUCAUUCAUGCAACCGUAAUGGUUCAUACAAAGACAAGCUGUAUCACAAAAACGGAUGAUGUAGCAUAACAUUAAGGUUUGCAAUGACUACCUACAUAUCAAGGCCAAAAAAAGAGACUGGCUAAAUACAUGAAGCCUUGUACGUGUCGCAUAUAAACAGACAACAUACCACACAUAAAAGUGAUGUAUUUUAGUUGAUUGGAAAUGCUGCUGAUGGAACAGCAAGUAUCUCAUCAAUUACUGGUACCGAUACUUGAAGUUUGGUCAUUGAAUACAUGUCUUUCCUCUGAUAGUUGGCUAUCUUGCUCCCUCAAAUAUAUACAGAUUUGAUGCAUAAACAACAGAUUCUGGGAACAAGGACCAGCUGCUGGAUCUUGGCAAAUCUCGAGAAAGGCACAACGACACUUCUCCAUAAACCCAUUGGUUCGGCUGUAAGCCAGAACUUCAAAG